GUCACAUCUUACGGAGGAAAGAUGGAAUUUGAAAUUCAGUAUAGUGGAAGUGGUUCGAUGAGCCGUGAACCUAUGGUGGUUCUGAAGGGCAACCAAAUCGUCCUUGUACAUCAUGUUCGUAACCAGGAACAGCUUCUGUCAUCAGAUAGACCAGCUACCAUAACUGUAGAAACAUAUGAGACGAACUUUGUUCAAUUAAAUGGAGCUCCUGCUACACGCGAAGAUUUGAUGAUGGUUUUGGCGGAUCUUGACGCUUUCCUCAUCCGAGCAACACAUGUUGAUCAACAACAGUCUAGCAGGUAG